AUGAAUUGGUUCUUACGGCAGAAAAACACCUGCAAAAUGUCGCCAAAUAAGCCAGUAGACACGUCAGCGAGUGAAGAACGAAAGCCAGACGGACAAACAGAGAUAUACGUGAAUCCUACGCCUACAACAUCAACGUCUUCUGAACAGCCAACAUCGCCUGCCACUCCCGAUUUUGUGGCAGCUCUUGGAAAGAUGCUGAAUUCCCCAGGAGGAAUGUCGCCUUUACCAUUUCCUUUUGGUAUGCCUCUGCUCCCAAUGUUUCCGCCAAUUUUACCGGCCAACUUCUAUCCUUGGCUGCUCACACCACCACUUCUAUCUCCUUCACCUAACAUUACCAACCCUUUCCCGCCAUUGCCUUGCCCAAUUCCUUUGGCACCCUUAUCCACUCACCUACUCGAUGUUAGGAAAAAUGUGGAGGCUCUCGUCCAUAAGCUUUUUUCGCCAACCGUGUCGCCACCUCUUUUCGGAACUCAGCCGACAUCGUCUUCAAAUAGCAGUGGCAUGAGCAGUCCACUGACCUCUUCACAGAAUUCCACUAACACUCCUCAAGCCAAUUUGCUUCACGCGGAUCAAGCGCAAGUGAGCGGCGAGUCUUCUCCGGGACCCGUUGAACAAAUGGUUCCAGCGGAUCUUCUUUUCAAGAAAGAAUUGAAAGUAUUCGGCACGACUGCUCCGCCAUUUAAUAGUAAUAGCGAUGAGUCAGGAUUGUGCUACUUCGCUUUUUUUUCAGUUGCUCCACAACGGCGUUUCCCGUGCAUGCCACUGCCGUCCAUCCAUCCGGCAACUCAAGCAGCGAUGGCUUCUGUUUCCGGACCGAUGCAGCAGGCAAUGAUGCCAUGCAGUGCUAUUGCUGGUCCAUCGAGAAUGCCUACCGAUGCGUCUCAUCCUGUUCAAGUGCAAAACAUGCCGUUUGUACCGGGUCCAUCGGCUUCGAAAUUCCGCGAGGGUCAAGGGCUUCCUAGCACGAAUGGCCUACCUAGUUCGUCCAGUGUGGCGUCCGUUAAUCCAUCGCCAUUCAUGGUUAACAUGGAUUCACAAAAUUCAGUGCAGCGAUCCGUUCGGCCUGCUGCUAGGUAUUAUCCAUCGGGUAAGAAAAUCGGUCGUCCGCCGGGUUCUUAUAAGCGAUUUGACCAGUCUUCAACUUCUAAGAACAAGUUAACUCUAAGUGAUGUUCUGAGGAAGGAUUCUGAAGAAUGUAAUGUUUCCAACGAAGUUGUCGACGUUGAGACUCUAACCGAAGAAAAAUGCGAAUGGGACCAAUGUCAACUGGUAUUUUCUACUCAAAAAGCUUUAGUGGACCAUGUGGCCGAGUGUCAUGUGAACAUUUCAAAUCGAGAUUGGGUUUGUAAAUGGAGAGGAUGUGAACGUACAGAACCUUUUCGAGCUCUCUAUAUGCUCGUUGUUCAUGUACGCAAGCACACAGGCGAAAAACCGAACGAGUGCACGCAUCCAGGGUGCAACAAAUCAUACAGUCGCCUUGAGAAUUUGAAAACGCACAUGAGGACGCACACUGGAGAGAAGCCAUAUGCUUGUGAGAUUCCUGGAUGUCCAAAAGCCUUCAGCAAUGCAAGUGAUCGCGCCAAACACCAGAAUAGAACGCAUUCCAACCUGAAACCCUAUAUGUGUCCUGUUGCACAAUGCGGCAAGAGUUAUACGGAUCCAUCGUCGUUGAGAAAACAUAUCAAGACUGUACAUGGAGAUGAAGCCUACGAAAGGGCGAAGAAAAAUCGACCACACAAUACUGGUGGAAGACGAAAGAAAGCCAACAGCAUGUUGCCUACAAUGCCUUUGAACAUUUUGCAUUUCGCUGCAAUGCAGCAGAAAGCCAACAGCAUGUUGCCUACAAUGCCUUUGAACAUUUUGCAUUUCGCUGCAAUGCAGCAGCAGCUAUCCCAAAAUGGUAAUACCAGUGAACCUGGCAUGGAGACUGAGACUGUAUCGAGCAUAGAGCAAGACGAUCCCCAGGAGAAUCCUAAAGAUACAUCGAACACCUCUCCUUGUUCGGAAGACUUUAAAUUGAUUCAUCACGGCAAUGGAGAUGACGGUACAAGAGCUAUGUCACACGGCUCAGCUGCUUCUGGAUCAGGCUCUGUCUCAGGAGCUGCUCCCAGUCCUGCGGGCUCUUCAGUUUCAUGCCAUUCCGGCGGUACUGGCGGUUCCGCUUCCAGUACAUCGUCCAGUAGCCAUCAACAGUCUAGUAGUUUCUUCAUCGAUAGAAUCCUCAACGGUGUGAGCAAAGCGGGCAACUUCACGGAGCAAAAACGCUUGUUCCAAGAGGCUUUCAGUCAUCCAGAUUUUCGUUGGGAAAUGUUGUCUGGCUUUAACUUACCAAAUCUGGAUGCUCUCUUGAAAAGUGUUCAAGAGCCCAAGGGGAAAGCGGAGUUCAAGGAGUUUAAUUCGUUCACUUCGGAUGGUUCAAGCUUCAAUCAAGUUUUUGUGCCUGGUGCUAUGGCGAAAAACGCCCACUUGAAAGAGGAUCCGUUGGCGAAAUAUCCUAGACAGAAAGACGAUGAAUGGUCAUCAGUACAUGGUUUUUCUGACGGUAGCCUUUCUGCAACAGUUCUUCCUUUCCAGACUUACGGCGAGGAUGAUGACGAAAUCGUCGAUGACCCAGCGCCUCUGGAUACGAUGGAUGACCUUUUCCCAUCCCCUAAUAACGAAGGCGGUGUACUAGUGGCAACUCGCCAUCCAUAUCACCUCUCAGGACGCUUUUCAUGUGUUCAUGAAAAGUAUAAGUUACCAAUGUUGGAUAGCGACCAGCUUUCUGCUGAGCUGGGCUCCGUUUUUCUCAGUGAUGCUGCAUUGGAGGUCAAUGAAGAUGCGUUAUUGGAUCCUACUACGGGCGGGAUGCUGAAUCCUGAAACGGAGCAUCCUCAUCCGUUUGUUGGAAUACCUUUGGGAAGUUGCUCUAUGGCCAGUGAUUGUAGCUCACCACUUAGCUCUCAAGCGCAUUAUGUUCACGGCUCGUAUACUAGUAUCGAGUCACAAGUGCUUUCCGAAGCUAACAAUUUGGAACCGGAUGCGCUCAAUCCAGAUUAUGGCCAUUAUUCAGAGACGGAUGUGCAAGGCGAAUACGUUCCCCGUGUUUCACCACCUCUGGUUCCUCAUUUUGAACAAAGCUUCAUGCCUAUGGAGCAUCUCUCGGAGACUCAUAACUCACCAGUUUCUGAGCUUGUGCUCUCGACCGCUCCUCGUUCUGAGUGUGAGUUCGCUCACCGCCACAUGCAAUUUGAACAGCAGAUUGAGGAUGAGGGAAUUAUGAUGAACGCGAGGCUACCUCCGCCAGAACGCCUUCUCUACCGCCCUGGAAUGGAUAUUCUGAAUGCUGGAGUCCUUGUACAAGCUCAUGGUCAUUGCGAACCAGUCUGGUACACGGAAGGAGAUCAAUAUAAUAUCUUCAAUGAGGCAGAGGUCGUCGGUGCGGAACCUACUGAAGAGGGUCCACAAACCACGGAUGAGCUGUUUGCGACUGAACCUGCAACAACUCCACCGCUUUCAGAAGAUUUUGAUGCUGUGCGGGACCUUUCGCUCUCAUCUGAAGAACAGCAAUGGGUAUCGUCAGGGAUCCAUCAGACAGGAAUCGACUGUGUGCGAGUUGCGCCACAAAGCGGUGAGCUCGUUUGGAUCGGAGCUGACUGUCGGCAGAGCUUUGCCUACUCCUGUGAAAUUGCUCCAUGUGAUUCGGAAACUCUAUGCAGUCAAGACGUUUAA